UGAGCAUUUUCCUGUCUGCGUAUGUGUGCGUUUUCCCCGCAGGAUAUACGCGCACGUGAAUACCGAGAAAAGCAGGACCAAAACACGGUGGAAAAGCGGUCACACUCCACACACAAUCACCCGUUUGCCGGGUGUUGAAAAAGCCGGACCACGAGCAUUGUCGAAGUCGUUUCUCGUUGAAGUGGUAGCGCAAUAAUCAUCAUCAUCAUCAUCAUUAUCAACGGCGGUCAUCAAACUUCGGGUUUUUGGGGUACGAAGCGCAUGCUGUCGAAUACUCUGUUUUUGUUGCUGUGUGUGCAGUUUUUCGACCACCGACACAACACCGCUCGAGCAUGCCAAAGUGCACCUGCACUCGCGUUCGCGUGUCAAUCCAGUGCAAUCGAGCUGUUCUUCGACGCAUUUAGUGCCGUCCACUCUCUCCCAUCCCCCCUCUGGUAUCUUCUACCGUCUGUCCUGUCUACCAGCCCCCGAGCACCGAUUUUCCGAUUUUUCUACCUUAAUAAGUUGGCCCUGUUUUCUCUCUACACUCUGCACGUCUAAAGUGAACUGAUUUACGGUGCCGAUAAAAUCCAUCCCAAGUGUGUAUUUGAGUGUGGGGUUGAAAAGGGCCACCUUCGUAAGCGAACCGUACAAACCGUAAAAAAUCCCGUCCCCAAGCACCACCAGCACCAUGAUAACGUUCCGACUGUCGAACGGUGUGUACGCGUAUGCGGCCUACCUGGUGCUGAUGGUGUACUUCCUGUGGCCGGGACGAUUCGCCAGCCUGUACGAUUACAUCGAGGGUGAAAACAUCUACGAUCAGCUGAUACGCAAAACGACCAAAAACAUUUCGCUGAUGCGGAACGGGCUCCGGUGCGAUUACAGUGAAGUGAUCGAAGAAAAUCUGUCCCUGUACCGGCCACCCUACACGGAAGACAUCAUUAACAACAAUGUACGGCUCGGUGGUGAAUACUAUCCGGAGGAUUGUCUGCCAAGCUUCAGCACCGCUAUUAUCGUACCGUACCGGCAGCGCGAACGGCAGCUCAAUCAGUUCCUCAUCUACAUGCACAACUAUCUGCGCCGGCAGCGAAUCCACUACCGGAUCUUUGUGAUUGAGCAGUACGAUCCGAAACCGUUCAACCGGGCGAAGCUGUUCAAUAUCGGGGCGCUCAUUGCGAUGGGACUGGACUAUCCGUGUCUGGUGCUGCACGACGUUGACCUGAUGCCGAUGAAUCUGGGCCAUCUGUAUGCGUGCUCGCGGAAACCGCGCCACAUGUGCUCGAGCCUGGACGUGUUCCGGUACAAUCUGCCGUACCGGGGGCUGUUUGGCGGUGCGGUUGCGAUCGAAUCGAGCGUGUUCCUCAACAUAAACGGCAUGUCGAACAUGUUCAGCGGUUGGGGCGGUGAGGAUGAUGAUCUGUACGGGAGGCUGACGAACAAGCAGAUCGAAAUCUGUCGCUUCAGCCCCAGCUACAGCCAGUACUCGAUGUUGAAGCAUCGGCCGGAGGCACCGAACAAGGAUCGGGUUGCGUUUCUGAAGAAUGGCAAGCUGCGGUACCAUACGGACGGGUUGAAUUCGCUCGUUUACAAGCAGGUCGGCUUCAAGCUGCACAACCUGUUCACGCACGUGCUGGUGGAAACUUAAGAGAAUCGAGGUAGGGAACAGUUUUGCCAUUUCUACGCUCUAGUUGCACACUUUUCAGUCUUAGUUCCAUUCCAAGGCGAUUGCCAGGGAAAAGGUCGAGUUUGUUACAGCCUGUAGGGGGCUGAUCGCAACAGCACAACAAUGUAUUAUUUAGUGUUCAUAGUUGUUUUUCUCCUUUCCAUGUUACUGUUAGCUUUAUUAGUAUGAGAGUUGGGUGUGUUUUUUGAAUUUUUCUCGGUUAAAUGGCUUAUAGGGAAUCAGGUCGAACAUGGUUGAAGUUGAAGUAAGUAAAUAUUGCCUUAACAAAACAAAGAGGAAAAUUACAUUUACGAAGGAGAAAGCGAGUUUGCAGUAGUGCAAAAAAAACACACACAUUUACAAUUAAUUCUACUUCUUCGCUUAUACAGUUUAACAAAAGCGCCAUUUUUGCGAGAUAAAACGAGACACCAGGACAUCAGGAGCAAUACCAAAAAAAAAAAAGGAAACAAAUAAGGUUACAAAUUAUUAGACUAAGUGCUACCGAGUGCAACUGCUGCUGAUAAGUGAUCGGAUUGGUCUUACGUUAAGCAGCGUAAAAGCAAAGGCAAGCAAGCUAGACGAUAGUUUACUCCUAUUUAUUAAUCCCCUUCCCCAACAUAGGGUAGCGAAGUAGGAGCUAAGGCGAAAUUUAAUUAGAAACAAAUAGAACAGAACAAACAAAAAAAAAAUCUUUAAAUGCAUAGUUUGUAAGUAGGAACAGUUUUACAAUUCAAAUUGAAGGGAUAAAAAGAGCAAACAAGAAAAUUCUUAAGUCACAAGCCACCAGGCCCAUACCCAGUGCGAGGAUUCUCUGCUCUUCUCCCGUUUUUGGCACUCAUUAGCGGAAGCACACGUGAGGGAGAUUUAAAACACUUGAAAAAAAAAAAACAUGCUGCGUGAUAAGAAAACUUCAAAAAGCAAAUGAAAGAAAUAAAAGAUUAACGAAAGCGGGGCAAAUUAGGAGCAAUUUUUAGAUCGCAUUCUGUAAGGUUAUUAAAAACAUUCUUGAAGUUAAGAAAUCAAAAGAAGAGGAGAACAAAAAAAAAGUUGCAAACGGAAGCAAGAGAAGAGAGAGAGUGAGAGAGGAUUGCAAAUUUUAGACUCCCGUACUUAGCGCCAGACAACAGCGAAAAAGAUAAAACAAAACUCAAUAAAUCAAAACUUCAACUUAAUUAAUUAA